AUGUCCGGUGUCAAUGCAUGGGGGCGCAUGCACACCCCAGCAAAGCAGUCGCAGCUCACGCUUGACAUGUUUGAGGAGUGGAAGGCAAAGCAGAACGAAGAUAUCUCUCAGCGCGGUGCCGACCGCGAUCCGGCAGUGGAGGAGGAGCACAACCGCCACAUGCUGCGGCAGAACCUGAACGCCUACGUGUGCUACAAGGAGCUAGACAAGUACACGACAUGUCUCGAAGACAAGAAGUUGAUCCGUCGUCGCAGCGGCGAAGACAACGCAAGAGGCGGCGGCACCGGUGUCUCCAGCAUCGCCUCAUCCGUUGAGAUCAACACACAGAACAAGGCGAACGAGAAACUGUGUCGGGCGACGCACAAUGCGUACGUCUCAUGCAUGAGCUCACAGAGCAACCAACAGCUUGUGCUGGAGUCGGCAAGCCUUGAGCCGCACUGCACAGAGCGCCGUGCCACAUUGUUCCACUGCCUACACGAGAACCAGGUCUCAGAGGCGCAGACGAGCACGCCACAGUGCACGGACGCCUACCGGAGGCUUCUCCGUUGUGGGCUGAACCACCUGUGGAACCACUACUGGCGCGAGUUGACCAAAUUUAGCGACACAGACGAGUUUCACCUCUACGAGCUCUCACGCGACGACAACAAGAAGCAGGCAUAUCUGCGCGCCAUCACCACUUCAGAGGCGGAGCAGCAGUCGCAUCUGCGGGAGGCGCGGGAUAUCGCUCUCGGGUACUACCUGGACCCUAAGGACGCGCAGAGGAGCGAUUUGUGA